AUGGUCCGUGAUUUGAUACUAGCUUUUCCACAGACUAACUACUGUGCCCUCGGCUUAUCUAUAUUUGCUAUAAUUUUUCUGUCAGUUGGACGCGAUUAUGUUAAUCCAUGGGUGAAGAAGCGAUCGCCUGUGCCUUUGCCACUUGAGCUUAUUUUAGAUGCCUAUGCCGUCGUUGCCGCAUUUUGA